CGUGUAUAUAAACCAUAGUUGAACUCUAGGUCGACACAGUUCAGCUCGGUCGUUUCAACAGAAAGUUUCCCGCGAUUUUUACUCGACAUCUGCCCAGUGUGGUUUGCAGUUUCGUAAUGGCUUCCAAAUUCAUUGCUGUUUUCGCCCUGGUGGCCGUUGCCUGUGCUCAACACUAUGACCCACAUCAUUAUCAACAGCCAGCCCUGAUUAAAACCAUCCAGCCAACUAUAGUGAAAACUGUUCAGCCAGCUCUAGUCAAACACGUUGAAUACACAGAUACCCCAGCGGAAUAUCAGUUCCAGUAUUCUGUCCACGAUGAACACACCGGAGAUAUUAAGAGCCAACAGGAGGAGCGUCACGGGGAUGAUGUUAAGGGACAAUAUACCCUGAUCGAUGCCGAUGGACAUCGUCGUGUGGUGGAUUACACUGCCGAUGAACACAACGGAUUUAAUGCGGUUGUUCGCCGCGAACCAUUGGAGGGCCAUCAGGUCGUUAAGACCGUUGCUCCAGUUGCUAAGGUGCUCGCUCCAAUCCCGGUGGCCAAGGUACUAGCCCCACAGGUGCACUACAGUCACGCUGCCCCACAGCACUCGCACUAUUAAGUGGUUCGAAAUUUGAGUCGUUUUUCGUUUUCUUGUAUCUAUGUCAAGACUUGCCAUAUCCUCAUUUAAUACUCUAUCUCACCCUCAUUAUCUAAUUUAUAUGAUCGUUAUUGUAAAUAAAGAAGUUUUCUUUUAA